CGUCGCUGCAUGCUCGCUCUUCGGCAAAAAGAAUGCUGACACUGGUAUCCCGUCCCCCCCAGCCCCGAUCCGGGAAUAUAUCCAAUACGAGCCCAAGAUAUUCGAGAUGACCGAAACCUCCAAGGACUACCCGCUGGUUGGGCAGCCCAGCGACGAGCUCGACCGGCGCUGGUCCAACCUGAUGCAGUACUUCUACGCACAGGUUCCCGCCUCGUACAUGAAGAAGCUUGGACGGGAGAAGACGGGAAUCCGGCUGAAGAACGGCAAUUACCUCGCCAACUAUGCCUGGGUCCACCAGCUUCACUGCAUCAAACGUCUUCAUCAGGCGCAUUUCCCGGAGCGUUACUUUCCCAACAUGACCGACUACGAGAAGGAGCUGCAAACGGAGCACAGCCUCCACUGUCUCCAGAUGCUGGUCGAGGCCAUCAUGUGCAAGGCCGACGAGACGCCCCUGACCAUGAUCUGGUUCGACAACAGCAUCCUGCCCGGCGGCAACCGGACCAUCGCCCACGAGUGCGUCAACUGGGACAGGCUCAUCGAGGGCAUGGAGAAGGUCAAGGUCGACCCCUUCGAGCCGGGCCUGCUCGUCCACCCCAAGUUCGGCCCCGUCCUGCCCGACGGCCGCGACACCGUCCUCGACAACCGGAUCGGCUACAUCUUCAACCCGGUGCCCUUGGACCGCGAUCAAUACCCCUGAAGGAGUAAGGAGUAAAACUCUGCCAGAGUGCCAAUCAUAAUUAAACACGGGCAGUCGUCACUGCUCUGAUCUCAGGGAGCUUGGUCAUUUGAGUUUUCUAAGGCCUCAACUGUUGGAGCAGAGGGGGAAAGGGGGGGGGGCGCGGGGGCCAAAUAUGACUCAAAGAUUGCAGUUGAAGGGACGUGGAGGAUCUGGAGACAGCAAUCAUGGAUGAGCUGGCAGGCAACAUUCCACAUGUCAGCAAUGUGCCUAUGCGGAGCAGUCCAAUGCCACGGCUUUGACUAUACUUUCAAUGUGCUUCUUUCAGAUCAGGCUAUUAUUAUAUUAUACACAUAUCGAUGAAUAAGCCAAAAAAAAAAAAGAUUCACAAC